UGCAACCCUGCGUAUCGAAACGUGAUUCCCAUUUCCGCUAGCUCUUCCUCUUUCUUUUUGCCAUUGUCAGCCGACGAAGUGCUCUUUAACUUGAACUAUCAACAUGGUUGCUGUUAAGAAACAAAAGAAGGCGCUGGAGAGCACCAAUGCGCGUCUGGCGCUGGUGAUGAAGUCUGGCAAAUACUGCCUGGGCUACAAACAGACCCUAAAGACCCUGCGUCAGGGCAAGGCCAAACUGGUGCUCAUCGCCAGCAACACCCCCGCCCUGAGGAAGUCUGAGAUCGAGUACUACGCCAUGUUGGCCAAGACUGAGGUCCAGCACUACAGCGGCACCAACAUCGAGCUGGGAACCGCCUGCGGUAAAUACUUCCGCGUGUGCACCCUGUCCAUCACCGAUCCCGGAGAUUCUGACAUCAUCCGCUCGCUGGAGUCGGCCUAAACUUAUUUUUAAUCGAACAAGACGACACAAUAAUGUUUUGUAUGAGGAGAGAUAAUGUUAAAAAUAAAAAACAUCAAUUAUUUUGGUAA